AUGCCCGCAGCCGCGACCUUUCUUACACCAAUUGGUGGUUCCUACUAUGUAAUCACCAAAUCUCUGAGCGCCAAAGUAUACCAAGACUUGGUCGAUCGCGGCUGGAGAAGACUGCCAGCAAAAUCACUCGCCACAAACACCAAUCAGAGAAAGGCUCUGAAUAGCUGGAACAAGUUUGUGCUUGGAGAAGAGUAUCUCAAGGAGACCACCAAGCGUUUUCCCAAAACAAAAGAAGAAAAAGCCCGACAGAGGAACGGCUUCGAUCUGUUGCAUACAAUCCAUGAAGCAGAAGUCGACCAACUGAAGCCCGUUGCGUCAGCUCAUCGUUUUGAGGUCACCUUAGAGCCCGAUGAUUGUACCGAAGAGAAGUUUCAGGUCUACAAAAACUACCAGAUUCACGUCCACCAUGACAAGCCUGGAGAAGUCACGAAGAAAGGCUUCGAGCGCUUCCUCUGCAAAUCUCCCAUAGUCCGAGAGACAGCAAAGAAAGACGGCAAGGAACUUCGCCUUGGAUCAUACCAUCAAUGCUAUCGACUCGACGGCCGACUCAUUGCUAUUGGUGUGCUGGAUCUGUUACCACAUGCAGUCAGUGGAGUCUAUUUCAUCUAUCACCAAGACUUCGAGAAGUGGAGUUUCGGCAAACUUAGUGCGAUGAGAGAGGCUGCACUAGCGCUCGAGGGUGGUUACGAGUUCUACUACAUGGGCUACUAUAUCCACAACUGCAUCAAGAUGCGCUACAAGGGUGACUAUAAGCCACAAUAUGUGCUGGAUCCCGAGACCCACGAGUGGGAUCCGCUGGAUGGAGAAGUGCGCGAGCUGAUGGAACAACAAAAGUAUGUUUCGUUAUCACGCGAGCGUAAGCAUGAAGAUGGCGAGGAAGGAAUACCUUACCUGCUAGAUACACCAGUAGAAGUGGCUGCAAGCCCGGAGGACCUCUUCGAAUGGGGAAUGCCCGGUAUGAUGAGUGUUACAGACGUCGAAGCACAAGUGGACCUCGACAAGAUGCGCAUUCAUAUCAGCCAAGGGAUGACGGUGUAUACAGAGCAAGAAGUCUCCAACCAAGAGGUCGCCAACGAAGCCCAGCAAUCUGAGAAACUAGUACAAAUCAUCAAUGGAGUCCAUCGGCAAGGACUCAUCACAAAUCAACUCUACAACGAGGGCUUCUGGUCAGGAUACGACCGAGGCUACAAUCAAGGCUACUCACACGGCAAGCAUGGUGACUCUGAGGUUUCUGCCACCGAGCGUAUGCAGACGGAAAUUGGUAUAUCGCCUACUCGUCGGCGCGACAGUAUUCAUACAUCAGCUCCUGCCACUCGAGACUUUGACUACUUGACGUACCCGCGAUGCAAGGAUGAGGUCGAGCAUGUACAAGAAAGCGAUGAUGUACAAGAAAGCCCGAUGACGAGUUCGAUCAAGAUCUUCAUCACGAGAGAUACAGGACAUGCGGAAGAGCUCUGA